GCGCAGAAGGAAUCGUCAGUGGAGCCCGGAGGCGGAGUCACAGGUAUCAAACUUCCGCUCAGACGUCUGCGUCAUCAUUGAUGUAUUUUAAAUAGGCUGUAUAAACUAUAUACAAUUUAAAAUUCUACCUGUAAAAUAAUAGUCUAUUCUGUUUCUAGAGCAAUAAUAUUUUUGAAACAGCAAAUUCAGUAGAUAAACUCAAUAUAAUAUGCCACUAGAAACAACUCUAAAAUGUCAGAAACGGUCCUAAAUCAAGUUUAAAUCUCCAUUACAGGAGAUCGACUGCUGUAGACAGUGUUUUAUAAUUAAUUAGAGUAGGCUAUCAUUAGUUUUAUCCUGCUAAUUAUUAUUUUAUACCCAUAAAAAUAAUUAGUAACUGCCAGAUAAUGAUCACCCGCUUUUUCCCAACAUGGUUAAUGUUAGGUGUGUUAUCUUAAAUAAUAACAUUUAUUAAUUAGCUUAUAAAGCCCACAUUUAACGUUACCGAAAAAAGUUCAGUGAUCCGUCAGAUCCUGUAGGUCGGUUAGUACAGUUUACUGCUGAACAACUCAUUUUGUCAGUGUGAAAUAACAGAAAUCGAAAAUUAGUAGUUAUAUAUCUUCAAUCUCCCCUCAAAGCUCUGACAGUCCUCAGAGAAGCUGUCAAUCACAACUGUCAAUCAUAACGACAUGCCCCGUUUCUAUAGCAUCAAAUUGCUCGCUAAAAUCAAACUUCACAAAAACGAACAAUUGAACAUAUAUCAGCAUGAUAGCAACUACCUUAAAUUACCAAAACCAUCUUUUGGAAAAUUUUAUUUAAAGUGUAAUUUAUUUUUUUUAUUUUGACUCAAGUGCCAUUCGUUUUACAUGGAGAGGGCGGGGUUUAUGACCUGUACUGCAUCCAGCCACCAGGGGGCGAUCAAAGAGCCCGCAGCUUCACUUUUCAGGACGUAUGAGGCACACCUUGAACAGACUUACUUAAAGGGACUUUGGCUGAAUCCUAAAUGGCAGACUUGCGGGCUCAGCUGAAGUGCGCGUAGCGGCCACAAAGGGGGCGCUCGCAAGCACGCUUCUGAAACAUAAAAUGAUGAAUGGGACACCCUACUACGGUCUCGUGGACUCAACGGACUGCAGCCAUUGUAAGUCCACAAGACCGUAAGUGCACAGAAGUGUGCCAUUUGGGAUUCAGCCGUUGACUGCAAUCUGUUGAUAACAAGCGUGCCACACGAGUCCUGAAAAGUGAAGCCAAAGCGCCUCGAUCGCCCCCAGGUGGCUGGAUGCAGUAUAGGUCGUAAACCGUCAAAAUGUUUUUCCAAAGAUGGAUUCUGCCAUUUUAGGCAGUUUUUAUCACGCUAAUGUUAGUUAAAGUGUUCGUUCUUUAAAUAAGUUUGUUUUUAGUUAGUUAUUUGAUGCUAUAAAAACGCGGGUUUUGACGUCAUGAUUGACAGUUGAGAUUGACAGCUUCCCUGAGCAAAGUAGUCACUGAAAUACGAACUGACUUUUUUUGGAUCUUCGGGAGGAGAUUGGAGCUUUAACUUUAAUUUCUACAUUUCCAGAACUGUUUCUCACGCCGACAUAAUGAGUUGUUCUGCUUUAUUAACCGAUUCCGCGGGGGUGUGGGCGGGACCUUGAUAUCACGACUCCACUUCGUGCUCACUACUGCGCAGACUCGGGCUCCAAGUUCACUAUGUGCAGACUCAAGAUGUCAGCGCCAUAUUGGCACACUGGAGUGUAGGUGCGUUGUUUAUCUUACCACAAAACUAGCUAGCAAACACAGAGAAGCUGUGUCCGAACUCGCGUACUGUUGAGUAGGUACUACAUUUAAUUCACAACCGUUGAAAAAGUAUGUUCUAUAUAGUACAAAUGUGUGUAGUAUGAAUGAAUUCGGACGUACUACAUCCGCCAUGUUGUUACUGUCACAUGACCUACAGCGUCAGUUACGUCCCUUCAACUCCAUUCACAAAUCCUCCCAUGGCCUCAUGGGAUUGUAAAGUGUCCAUCGUAUGCGCACUUCAGAAUCUCGCCGGAAGUAGUAAGUUAUCCGGGUACUUUUCGCCUACUGUUUUUCGAAUACUAUGAAUUCGGACAUAUUACUCUGUUCGCGUAUUAUUUUUCGCGUACUAUAUAGUAGAGAAGUAUUUGAUUUCUUACGCAGGGAGAACGUUCCCCUAGCGUUAGCAUAUGGUUCCCGUUUGGCUAUUUUUGGGAGUCAAAUAAUAACAUUCAUGCAAUAAAUAGUUGCUGUUAUUUUUUUAUUUAUUUUUUUGUGACAACCUAAAGACAAUGUAUAUGGAACGUUCUCUAAUGGUUAUUUUUAGGUUUUAUUAUUCUAACGAUUGUUUUGGGAACUAACUAGGUAUUUUGGAUUUUCCCCUUAAUUAGUAAAAGCAAAAAAAAAAAAAUUACAAUUAAUGAACAUUAAAAUGCACGUAGUUGCGAACGAAAGAUAUGCUAAAAUAUACGCUUAAAUUAUGCAAUUAAUAAAGGUAAAUAAACCUAAUACUUUUCAAAUUAAAAUAAAAUCCAUUAUAAAACGCAUCUUUAGCGACUAUGCUGUUUUUGAUUGACGCGAGGGAGCGACUUGUGCUGUUACUGGCUGAUGCGCACAGUAGGCGGAGUGUAAUCAGGUGACGCGAGGGAGCGACCUGCACUGCUAUUGGCUGACGCUCGCGGUGGGCGGGGUUUCAUCAGUCCCGCUCGGAAGCUGUGAUUUUUUUCCCCAGUAUCAAUUGAUCCGCGCCGGGUGAGUUCUGCUGCAGCGGACCGUCUGAUUCUCCAACACAAAUGCGGAUAAGAGAGAUACGCCACUGUACCAUGAGAAAACACCCUCAUUACUGUAUUUCUGGAUAGAAACAGAAGCCCUGGUGUUUCGGACGGAUUACAUGGUUUGUAAGGCCGAGCGGUUGUCAGCAGCUGUUCUCCCGCCAGAAUGAGCUCUUCUCCUGUCGUCUCGCGCGUGUCCGUCGACAUCCUGGAGGAACUGCAGCUGUUCACUGCUCAAAACCUGGAGAAGGUCGAGGUCAACAAAUACUAUGAAGUCAUACGGGAGCUCGGCAAGGGCACUUAUGGGAAGGUGGACCUCGUCAUCCAUAAGAUCAGAGGUAACAAGAUGGCUCUGAAGUUUCUAAAGAAGAAAACAACCAAGCUGAAGAGUUUCUUAAGAGAGUACAGCAUCUCCCUCUAUCUUUCUCCGUGUCCCUUUGUCAUCAACAUGUCUGGCAUUGCAUUUGAAACGGAGGAGUAUUAUGUUUUUGCACAGGAGUACGCGCCGUCUGGAGACUUGUUUGAUAUCAUUCCACCACAGGUGGGACUGCCGGAGCCGGUGGCGAAGCGCUGCGUUCAUCAGGUGGCUAUCGCCCUGGACUACCUGCACUCCAAGAAGCUGGUGCACAGAGACAUCAAGCCCGAGAACAUCUUAAUCUUUGACAAGGAGUGUCGCAAGGUCAAGCUGUCGGACUUCGGCAUGACGCGGCGUGCCGGGUCGCCGGUGAAGCGUGUGAGCGGCACCAUCCCCUACACGGCGCCGGAGCUCUGUGACACGUCCAAGCACGAGGGUUUCUGCGUGGACUACAGCACGGACGUGUGGGCCUUCGGAGUGCUGCUCUUCUGCAUGCUCACCGGGAACUUCCCCUGGGAGAAGGCCAUGCCGUCCGACACUUUCUACGAAGAGUUUGUGCGCUGGCAGAGGCGGCGGACGGGCGCGGUGCCGUCGCAGUGGCGCCGCUUCACGGACGAAGCCCUGCGCAUGUUCCGAAAACUCCUGGCCUUGGAGCAGGAACGCCGCUGCUCGGUCAAGGAGGUGUUCGCGCAUUUCAGCCACCGUUGGAUGCUGGAUGGCCAGAGCGGCGGAAACCACCAUCAGGCCACGCUGAACUCUUCAUCUGAGGAGGAGGAGCUGCUGGUGGACCGCAUGAAGCAGCAGACCUUGUCUCCGACGGCUUCCAAGAGCAACGGCGUGGAGUCCGGAUCAGCUCACCACUUCACCUCCGUGUCCACGAACAGCUCCGUGUCUUCCACCAACAGCUACGAGCGUUCGGCCAGAGACAGUCCUCCUAGCAGCCGCAUCCUGGUCACGACGCCUAUAGAGAUCUGCGUGUGAACGCACAGCUGACGGAAUCAACAUGCGCACAAGCAUUCGCAUCCAUAAGAGACUCCAAACACUCGCACACAUCCGUAACGGAGUUUGACGAACAAUAUAGCGCUAUUAUAUGGAAGCCCAUUUCCACCACAUAAAAUUAUAACAUAAAAAGUCAUAAUUACGACAUAAGUCGAAUUUAUGACAUAGUCAUAUUUGAGAUUAAAGUCAAAAUUAUGACAUACUAAGUCAUAAUUCUGACAGUUAUAAUUAUGAGAUGAAAAAUUGAAAUUAUUGAUAAAAAUUAUGACUGUCAGUUUUGACUGUCAUAAUAAUGACUUUUUAAGUCAUAAUUUUUACUUCGAAUGUCAUAAUUUUGACUUUUCAUGUCAUAAUUAUACAGUCAAAAUUGUGAGAUAGUAAAAAAUUGACAUACUAAGUCAUAAUUAUGACAAUUAUAAUUAUGACUAAGAUUAAAAAGUUUAAUUUAUGAGAUAAAAAGUAGAAAUUAUGACGUGCCAUAAUUAUGACUUUUUAUGCCAUAAUUUUGACUGUCAUAAUAAUGACUUAUAUUGUUAUUAAUUUUUUACUUCGAAUGUCAUUAAAAUUAUGAGAUAAAAAGUUGAAAUUAUGACUGUCAUAAUUUCGACUUUUGUCACAUUUUCAAAUUUUAAUGUAAUAUGACUUUUAAUGUCAUAAUUUCGACUUGGUCAUUAUUUUGACUCAUAAUUUCGACUUGUCAUCUGAUAAUUAUGACUUGGUGUGUAAGUUUGACUUUUUAUGUCAUUUUUAUGUUAUGAUUUUUUACUUUUUCCUUAUGUGGCGGAAAUGGGCUUCCGGUCACAUUAGCGUAAAUUUAGCAAAUUUUUGUGGCCGAAAAGAUCUGUUGUCUGUCGUCAAAACUGCUCUCACAGAAGUCACUUUCGAACAGAGCACCUUUCUGUUUGUACGGCGAAUUCGCGUGACAAACUUGAAUGAGCGAAAUCUUUGCCGUGGAUUCCUUUUGAAAUGACUGAAAUUCGCCCACGAAAAUUCGCUGAGCAACGGUAAAUGUGACCGCAUCUUUAAACGCAAAAAAUGACGAAUUUAGUUUGUGUUCGGUGUCUGUUUGAUUCUCCGCUCGCUCGACUAACAUUCCUAACAGAGAUUUGCGUGUUUAGAAGUCUGCGAAGAAACGUUGCACUGAAACUGUGAAAUACCGCGCAGGUUGUGCUUUCUAACGCGCAAUGAACCAAUACACGAGUGGAUUGAAAGCUCGAAUCCACUUCCAGCUCGGGAAGAAACACGAGGGCUUCCCCAAAAUGUCUCUAAAGCAAUAUAUGAAGCAAAAAAGAAAGGAGAAUAUCUGGGAUCUUCAUUCUUGUGAGGAAUUUAUCAAAAUCAUUUCUGUGAAUAAGCAAACUAAGAAUUGGGACGUUUAUGAGAGCGGAUGAUGUUGGCUGUGGUACUAUGUGUGUUUGAGAUUUGCUACGUACGAAAUUACGAAUUUAGAUGUUUUGUUAUUUAAAUCCUAAUUUACUUAAUGUUCAGUAUGUGCAACAAAACGAAAGGUUUUGCCGAGGUUUAUGACACUUGAACGUGUCACAGAUAUCGCAUGUACUCAAAGUGUUUAUAAAUCUGACUUGUAGACUGUUGUUUUUAAUUAAUUGUUCUUAAUUUAUCAGGAUUCUUAGUAUUCAGAAAUAUAUAUUUUUUCAGUUGAUAUAGUGAUUAACAAACAUCAAUAUUUUUAAUUUAAUUUUAGUACUUUAGCACAGUUGUGCCAAACUUAUUUUUUAAUGUGGCUGAAAAGACGUGAAGGUCGGCUGCUGCUCCAUGACGAACAUUAAUUGAAAACUAUGGACAAAGUUUUAUUCAUGAUGUUAUUUUUCAUUUCUCAGAGUUCGGCUGUGAUUUCUUUAUGACAUUUCUGUUGCAAAAAAAACAAAAACAAAAAAAACCUUGUACCUUCUGUACUGGUUGUAGUGGUGAACAACAUACAGUAUCUAUUGAAGACUGACAGGUUGAAAAGACGUAUUUUUGCCUAUUGUACAAUUUUUUUGGUGUUCCCCCUUUAAAGUAUUAUCUUAUAUAUUUUCUACAUUGGUUUAAAUUGAAAUGCAAAACAACGAGCGCAAAUUUGCGCAAGCAAACAGAAUAACUGCAUGAUGUUGAUGAAAACAUUGAAAACAAGUGUUUUAAGAUAUGUGAGAAUUGAUGUAAUGUGAAAUUUUUUGCUGUCACAAUUGCAUAAUGUUUCAGAGUGAAAUUUUUAGUAGAUGACAUAGGGCAAAACAUCAAGCCAGCCAAAUGAAUUGUUUGUUUUGUUGUCGUGUUUGUAUGCUGCUGCUGCUGUUGUUGUUGUUGUUGUUGUUGUUUAUUUCUCACUGAGCUCAAGAACUACCUGAUAAAGCCUGUGCGUGUCAAACACAUGUGCGCCGCUGCUGUCAUAUACUGAAACCCAUCAUUUUCAGGUCAGAAUGAAAGGGAAGACUUACUGAAAAGUUCAGGAAACGUUCUGGCAAGGUUCCCUCAAAGUUAUGAACAAACAUUCCUCCAGUAACGUUAAUAGAACAUUUGCAUAAACUGCUUAGACUACUCAUAAAAGUUUUUCUUCAAGAAUGGUCCUAGCUUUUUAAUGUUAGUUAGAUAUAAAGGUAGAUUGGUCUAAUUUGAAUGGGAAAAGUAAGACUGAUUACCGCUUACUAACAAAGGUGCAAUAGGUGAUUCUCUACAGAAACGUGUUUUGUAAUGCUGGUUGAAAGUCUCCUCAUAUCCUGACAGCAAUCACUAUGAUAAGUGGACUAAAUGUAUUUUUAUAAAUAUAUAUCAUCUGUGGAAGGCAUAGGACCAUAAAAUGUUCCUUCAUUGCAUUCGGUCCGAAUGAAAUGAUAGCAUGGUUUCAGGGUUGGCCAGGUUUUCACAACAAAUUUGCUACUCAAAACUAGCCCAAUCGCAUUGCAGGGACCCGCCGGUAAAAAACACGUUCUGGGGGUAAAAUCUGCAUUUUUGGUGGGGUUCCCCUGGUAAAAUUUGCAUUCUAGGUGCUAAAUAUCAUGUUAUUUGGGGUCGCUUCAACCCACGGACAUGUAAAACAACCUGCGGCAACAGUGUUAAAGUAGCCCAAUUCCGCGGGAAAACCACGGACUUGGCAACAAUACAUGUGUUCCUGUGUUUGCAUACCACUGCGCAGCCUGUUCGCGCAGACAUCAUAUGUCAUCAGCGGCUUCAUGUACGCUGUGCAGACAGAGCGAGAAUGGCAGGCACACAGCAACAACCUAACUUUAGUUUAGUAGUACUGUUACUCACUGUACUGUAAAGUUUUCUGACUGGUGAAUGACAAAUGAUGUAACCCAAUAACGUUGUCUCUGGUCGUAUCAUUUCUGGUCUGUGCGCAUUCAUGUGUUUUGGAGGAGGCGUGGCUUUGGACGGGAUAAAUAACUCAACCCCUGGGUUGUUACGUCUGACCCAGGAGCUGGGUAACACAAAAACUACCCAAACACUGGGUUGUUACGUCUGACCCAGGAUCUGGGUAACACAAAAACUACCCAGUCACUGGGUUGUUACGUCUGACCCAGGAGCUGGGUAACACAAAAACUACCCAAACGCUGGGUUGUUACGUCCGACCCAGGAGCUGGGUAACACAAAAACGACCCAGUCACUGGGAUGUUACGUCUGACCCAGGAUCUGGGUAACACAAAAACUACCUAAACACUGGGUUGUUACGUCCGACCCAGGAGCUGGGUAACACAAAAACGACCCAAACUCUGGAAAAAUAACCCCAAAAAUUUACCCAAAAGGCUCAACCCAGGACUUGGGUAGAAAAAAUAACCCAAGAUUUUUUAGUGUAUGCUUUCAAUGCUAGCAGGCUAAAGUUAGCAUUUCCCAGAUCACCUACUGCACCUUUAACUAUCUAAACUGCUAGUUGGUCAAACAUAGUGGCUAAGUUUAUGCAACUGGUUUAAUUUUCUGCAAAACGUUAGCACAAAAACAUCAUUCAUGGAGUGUUUUUUUUCCCCCUGAAAUGUUUAAAUAAUAUUACUUACAACUUAUUUCAGAAAGCUCAGAAAAAAUUCAAAAGUAAUGUUCCCCUAAAAUGUAACAUUAAAUUUUUUCUGUAACAUUUGUGUAACCAAGAAGAAAAAAACUGAAUGUUUUUUUUUAAAAUAACGUUCAGAAAUAACGUUUUCAUAACGUAAUGGGAACGUUGGCAGAACGUUCUUAGAAUAUAUUUUGUUUGCUGGGCGAAGGCCUUGAAAACAAACAAAAGGGGUGUUUUUUUGGAAUUGGUAUAGUGUGUCUGAAUAUGUGUUUUAUUUUAUGCUACACGUCUGCAUGAGCUUUCAACAUGUAUUGGGAGUAUGUUCUGAGACGCUUAUAGUUGUAUCACUCUCUUUGCAUUAAAAGUGGCCCAGCAGUGUAGGAAAACAGAAAUAUCAUGUUCUUACAUAUCGUAGACAUGCAACGACACUUACUGACCAUGUUUUUAUUUUAAUAACAAAUGAAAAGACCUGGAGAUUUUGUGAUCGUGCUGAAGUGUUUUGGUUUAUGGUGAUCGUUUUGAUUUGAUUUUAGCUGUCGGUGGGCUUCGGUCAUCAAAACAAACUCUGAAACCCGUCUAAAUCCUGUCUUUGCAAUACAACUGUCUUCCUGUAAGCUCAGAUUUAUUCGGAAAUAAAUCUCGACUAAAAUGUG